UGGCAGGGGCUUGGAGGCGUGGGAGAAAUAGGAGAGAAGUUUCUAAUUGAAGAGUGGGAUUCUGGGUGAGUCAUUCAUCCAAGUCACUGCGAAUUAGCUGUGUGCGCUUCCUGUGGGAGGCUCUGGGAACAAAGAGGAGUUCAGACGUGGUCCCUGCUCUCGAGGAGUUCACAGCCCAGACUUCGGAGAUGGAGGAGCCUUUCCAGGUGGUGGCCUGGUCCAGGAUGUGUCCCUGGAAGUGAAUCACCAUGAAUCUCAGACGCCAACUGGGGCCAGCCAAGUCCUCUGCUUUCUGAGCCCAACAUCUUCAGGGAUGAACUCUUCCUACCAGAUACGUCUCUGCUCCUGACAGCACACUUCUGCACAGAAGAGAAGAGGGGGAGAGUGGCCGUGUUGAUUGAGCCCAAGCAUCACAGGAGGGCUCCUCUGGAUGCCCCAUGAAGCUGCCCGUCAGCCCCAGCACAGAGCCGGCGACCUCAGAGCACGUGGAGAUGGCUCUGCUCAGCAACAUCCUUGCCACCUAUUCGUUUGUCUCAGAAAACCCUGAGCGAGCCGCCCUGUACUUCGUCUCUGGCGUGUGCAUCGGACUGGUCCUGACCCUGGCCGCCCUGGUGAUGAGGAUCUCCUGCCAUACAGACUGCCAGCGGCGUCCCCAGAGGAAGUUCCUGCAGGACCGAGAGAGCAGCAGCGACAGCAGUGACAGCGAGGACGGCAGCGAGGACACGGCGUCUGACCUCUCGGUGCGGAGACACCGCCGCUUCGAGCGGACGUUGAACAAGAACGUGUUCACCUCUGCGGAGGAGCUGGAGCGCGCGCAGCGGCUGGAGGAGCGCGAGCGCAUCAUCCGCGAGAUCUGGAUGAACGGGCAGCCCGAGGCGCCCGGCGCCCGCAGCCUCAACCGCUACUACUAGGGCUGCGGGGCUGCGGGGCUGCGGGGCAGCGGGGCUGGACGCCCACCGGUGGCCCAGAGACGCCGGAGCACACCGGCCUCUCAGCAGAGAGGGCAGAUUCUCUUCCUCUGUGAACACACACACACACACACACACACACACACACACACACGUGGGUUCCUCAACCUUUCCAGGUGUUGGAAUGGUGCUGAAAAUCCCUCCCUACCAAUGCGAAUGGAGAUCUGGGCUGUCUUCAUCGCUGUGUGUCAUUCCUUUUCGAAAGGCAAGACAGCCGUGACUUGAGGGCUGGGACCAGCAGGGCGAACGUGACCCGGUACAUGCAGUUUGCUAAGCGACUCCGGGCGUGGAGGCACUUCUGACUCAGAGAGCAUGCUCCGUGCUUAUUAUUUAAGGCUGAUUUUGCAAAUCUUGUGUUGCAAUGGCAACCUCAGCAUUUUAACUGGCACCUCAGGGAUCAAAAUCCUAUUUUUUUUAGUAUAGUUCCCGCCUCAUUCAUGAAAAUGAAUAGAAUUAUUAUAUUACGGGAGAUGUGUCAGUGAACCAGAAAAUGUUGAUAACCUCAAAGGAUGAAGGGUUUUUAUUUUAAAUAGUUUAUAAAAAUAUAUAUUGACAUGCAGAUUUGAAAAUGCUGCGUAAGAAAGUGUCUGUCUUCCCCUCCCCCUCCACUUUGGAGAGAAGAAAAUUUUAGUAUGACUUCAUGCUUCAGACAAUCAUGGUUUAAAAUACUUUUUUUAAAAAAAGAGUUUAGAUUUCCAAGAAAAGAAUGGAAAUGGGAGAUAAGGAUUAAAGAGCCAAUAUUAGGGUGGAAUAAAAAAAUGAAUGUUUCAUAAAA